AUGUCUCCUAGACUACGACCUCUGCAAUUGCCAUUGCUGGUCGAAGAGCGGAGGAAAGCCGAGGAGGCGGCGCAGGCCGAAUGUGUUGAUGGCGAGGCUUUCUACCAUGUCUACACGACAGACUCAUCCUCUUCCGACGCUACCUCACCCGUAACCCCGACCUUCUCUGCGCGAGGCCACCUCCGGUAUUCCAGCUCCAUGUCGUCCUUCGAGCUGGCGACACCGGCGAGCCCCGAGGCGAUGCCCUCUUCGCCGAAGCAAGCAACGCAAACAUCUGGCAAACGCACAUUGGACGAUGUCAAAGAAGAGCCAUUCGAAUACGGGAGUUUUGACAGUGACGACGACCGAGACGACAGCGACGAUGAUGACGAUGCGUCGUAUCGGUUUGAUCUUUACGACUGCCUGUGCGACGAACCUUGCAUGCACAGGGACGCCGACUUGGUGCAAAGCACAUCCAACUUUUAUGCAUAUGCCCAGAGUAGAGACGUCGAUUACGACAUUGGGUUCCUCAGCGACAGCGACUACCAUACCAGCCCAAGCUCAUUGAAGAAGCGUCGAAACGGAUCAGAACCACCGUUCAUGGGCUUUUCGCAUAAGCUCGGGUCCCGAUUCCCGUCUUUGAGCAGGUGGAAGAUGCCCAAAAAGUCCAGCGCAAUCAACUCUCCCGUAUCCGACUAUGGUUUCGAGCAACGCCCAACGCUGUCCCGAGCGGCUUCAAGCCGUUCUUCUUCUCUGUCAACAUCGGGCAGGUUCGUGCCUGACCGCACAAACGAGCCGCCUUUGCCGCCAACCCCUGCUCUGUCAUUUUAUGAGAGCAGUGAUAGCGUCACCCUGCCGGGGCCCUUGGAUAUCGAGAAGGCCAACAGCAUUCUAUCCUCAAUUGAGCGGGAGCGGUCUCAAGCGCAUACUCCCCUUCUGCCGCCGAUGAUGACCGGAACGUCCACCGAGCAGCACACCGCACAGCCCUCGCCACUUGAACUACCAGCGAUCGCGUGUCCAACCGAAGGAGAACCCCAUUCGCCUCUGGUCCUCUCACCGCCGCUCAGCACCAAGCCGUCGAUCUCGUCUUUCCGGAUGCCGCCUUCGAAGGAACUGCACCCCAUGCCCGCACCAGACGCCUGGUCUGAUCGGCUGGGCCACGCCAACUUCACCAUCAUGCCGAUCCCGUACAAGCCAGAGGUGACGGCCCUGUAUUCUCUGCAACAGCUUCGAACCGACUGGGAAACUGCGCGGGUCAACUACACGAAACACCUGGUUCGGACUGGCGAGCACUACGGCAUCACCUCCAAGACCUACGCGCUCACUGAGGCGAAAUGGGCCGAGACGCAGCGGACUUGGCGUGGUCACCACGAUGAGGUGGCAGAGGCGGUUGUGGCCAGCGGCGAAGCAACCGCCUGCGAGAAGUUUGACGAAGGAGGCCUUACCAUCGUACCAAGGAUGGACGCCGAGGGAAAGUUCCCCCAACGUGGCGACGAGGAUAUCGUGGGCCCCAUGGUGCGCGAAGCAACCAUGUGUGCCAUCAGCGGCAUGGAACGAAAGCGCCCUGGAUUCUGGCGCAACUUGACCGAUCGAGUCUCACUGAGGAAAUAG